AUGCUCGAGUCAGAACGUCGAGAUUCCAAUGCAGGAGAGGACAAGGAAGAAGCAUGUGAUGUUGCCGUGACUGAUCAACGCCUUCAGGACCUGGGCUACAGGGCCGAAUUCCGCCGGGAGAUGUCUCUCUUCGGAGUACUUGGGAUAUCGUUCUGCGCCAUUGGCAUUCUGACUGGAAUGAGCAGUGCGUUUCAGACAGGGUUGUUCUCUGGAGGCCCGGUUGGUUUGUUCUGGGGAUGGAAUAUAUGCAGUUUCUUUAUGUUUCUGAUCGCUUUAAGCCUUGCAGAGAUUUGCAGUACAUACCCAACAAUGGGAGGACUCUACUUUUGGGUUUGCAAAAUGAAACCAGACACGCCUAUCCUUGGCUUCUUCACUGGCUGGCUUUAUUCCAUGGCUAUGGUGUUUACUGGCAUUUCCGGAAAUUUGAGUGUCGCUCUAUACCUUGCAUCGAUGGCAGAGGUUGGACAAGGAAGGACUUUGACGAGAGUAGAAAUCACUGCGAUCGCUUGGGCCAUGAACAUAUUCUCUGGUAUUAUCAAUACCAUCGGAACGAAGGCCAUAGGACGAAUGAGCACGUUUAAUGUCUGGUGGACGUUGGGCGGGACGUUUGUGCUGGCCAUCACCCUGCUUGUGAAAGCGCCUGUGAAGAAUUCUCCUGACUUCGUGUUCACGAAUUUUCAAAACUUCACCGGUUGGGAAUCGAGAGGUUUUGUUGUGCUUCUUGGGUUUCUUCAGGCUGUAUACACGCUCGAGGGAUGUGAAACAGCAGCUCAAGUGGCAGAAGAAGCUGUGCGCGCAGAAAUCCUGGCCCCGCUCGCUGUGGUAGGCAGCAUUGCAGGCUCUUGGCUGAUCGGUCUCGUGUACAUGCUUUCACUUCUUUUCGCGGUCCAGAACAUCGCAUCCGUUCAGGCUACAACAUUCGCCAUCCCAAUUUCUCAACUCUUCUACGAUGCUGUCGGGCCACAGUUAGCGCAAUUGUGCCUGGUUGUGGUGACGCUUGCCCAAGUAAUGGCUGCGAUUACAAAUUUUACUGCAAGCUCAAGGCUGUUCUAUGCGCUCGCAAGAGAUAAUGCGUUCCCCGUCUUGAUAGGAUGCAUUAUAUCGUGUGCUUACAUCGGGUCUGCUGUUGCAUUUAACGCCAUCUUAUCCUCAGCAGCUACAUCGGUGAUGUUGAGCUACAUGCAACCCAUCGUCAUUCGCGUGUUCUGGCCUAACUCCAUUGAAGACUUUGGACCUUUUUGCCUCAGGAAAUGGUCAUGGCCAGUGAACUUUGCAAGUUUUGCGUUCUGCGUUUUCAUCUGCAUUUUAUUCGUCCUACCUACGGCAUACCCGGUGAACGUCCUCAACAUGAACUAUGCAAUUGUUGCUGUUGGCGGUCUUUUGGUCAUAAUCACGAUCAACUGGUUUUGGUGGGGAAAGCAUAGCUUUAAAGGUCCUGUUAAAACAUUCGUUUAA